ACAGAAAUGAACAACCAAUCAGUCAAGAUAGAGUUCAUUUUGCUUGGACUGACAAAUGACCCUCAGCUACAAAUUCUGAUUUUCCUGUUUCUGUUUUUCAAUUAUAUCUUAAGUGUGAUGGGGAACUUCAUGAUCAUACUUCUCACCCUUGUGAAUCCCCACCUCAAGACUCCUAUGUAUUUCUUCCUCCGUAAUUUCUCUUUCUUAGAAAUUGCAUUCACCACAGUGUGCAUUCCCAGGUUCCUCAUGAGCAUUCUCUCAGGAGACAGAACAAUUUCCUACAAUGCUUGUGCAGCUCAAUUGUUCUUCUUUUUCUUACUCGGGGCCACAGAGUUCUACCUCCUGGCUGCCAUGUCCUAUGAUCGCUAUGUAGCCAUCUGCAGACCACUGCACUACCCCAUCAUCAUGAAUAGCAAAGUGUGCUACCUACUGGUCCUCAGCUCCUGGGUAACUGGGUUCUUAGUCAUCUUCCCUCCUUUGCUCUUGGGGCUCAAACUGGAUUUCUGUGCCUCCAAAACAAUAGACCACUUCCUGUGUGACACUUCUCCUGUCCUGCAGCUGUCUUGCACAGACACACAUUUCAUAGAAUUGAUGGCUUUUGCCUUAGCUGUCAUGACGCUUGUCAUCACCUUGAUCUUAGUGAUUCUCUCCUACACUCUCAUCAUCAAAACCAUCCUAAAGUUUCCUUCAGCUCAACAACGGAAAAAGGCCUUCUCCACCUGCUCCUCACACAUGGUUGUUGUCUCCAUUACUUAUGGGAGUUGUAUCUUCAUGUAUAUGAAAACAUCAGCCAAAGAGAGGGUGACUUUAAAUAAAGGUGUAGCUGUGCUUAACACAUCUGUGGCCCCUUUGCUAAACCCUUUCAUUUAUACCCUAAGGAACCAACAGGUGAAGGAAGCUUUCAAACAUUUGCUUCAUAAAUUUUGUUCUCUACAAAACAAUGAGACAAGAUUUAGACAUGCUAUUGAAAUACCAGUAAUAAAAUAG